UAGUCUAUGCUGAGAUGCUGGCUCAGUCCUAUAAUAUCAAGAUGAAACUUGGGCAUUUUCUUCUCAACUUCUCUUGCGACUUGAGCCUAGACCGUUGGUAUCGUGAUUGACUGCAAUCAUCUAUCGAUACACAUAUCCGCGCGCCCUCCUAUCAGGAUUACAGACAACUCAGAAGAUUGUCAUUUCGUCCAGGUCAGUCUCGAGCUGAUUGCGACUGUGAAUCAUGUCAAGCAGAGAUGGCAGAAGUCAAGAUGAAAGGAGGCUGUCCAAGUCGAUCUUUGCUUCAGACCCCGGAUCUCCACCAUCAUGGCAUCGUCAUGAAACGUGCCCACUCUAUUUCCGUUCCCACCCAUCCUAAGAAUGCAUCACCAUAUUCACCAUGAGCAACAAACCGCGUACGGGCUACACAGCUGCCCAGAUCCAUCAGUACUACAAUCGCAUCAACCUCCCCGAGAGGUACCGCCAUGACCCCGGCCAAGCCAGCAGUAAGGUCGCUUCCCAGACCUCGACUGGACUGGAACUCUUGAGUGCACUACAACGCUACAACCUCGCCUACAUUCCAUUCGAGAACCUAGACCUACACUACAGCUCCCACCAUAGCAUCAGUAUCGACGCCGAACAUGUCUUCGAGAAGAUUGUAACAAGAGAAGGUGGAAAAGGUGGACGAGGUGGCUAUUGCAUGGUCAACAACGCUCUCUUCGCCAAUGUCCUACGCCGUCUCGGGUUUCAAGUCACCAGCCACGGCGCUCGCAUCAGUAGCUCCGUGAGCACAGGCGAAGAUACUCCUCUGGCCGACGUCUCCUUCUCAGGCUUCAGUCAUAUGGUCAACCUCGUCUCCUUCCCAGACAACCCCGACCUCAAAUAUCACGUCGACGUCGGUUUCGGCUCCGGUGGCCCCACCGCCCCAUUUCCUCUCCAACACGACGAAGAGGGCAAGUUGAACAUUGCUCCAAACCAAUAUGCCAGAGUGAUCCACUCGGCCAUCCCAGGUGCCGCGUCGGAUCAAAAGGUCUGGGUCUAUGAGAAGCGUAAUGGCCAUCAGAACUUCUCUCCCUGCUACUGUUUCAGCGAAGCAGAGUUCCUCGAGGCUGAUUUCAAAGUCAUGAAUUAUUGGACUAGCACGAAUAAGGACUCUUGGUUUACUAAGAUGCCUGUUUGUCUCAAGAUGAUUUUGGAUGAGAGUGGAGACAGCAUUGUAGGCCAUACCCAUAUUCUCAAGACGGACUACAAGAAACGCGUAGGAGAAGAAGCGUUGAUCAACAGGGAAUUGACCUCGGAAGAAGAGAGGAUCAACGUGAUUGAAGAGGAGUUCGGCAUUAAGCUAAACGGAGAGGAAAGAAAAGGCAUACACGGCAUGGUCUCCGAGAUCGCAUAGAUGUAGACUCUAGACGUC